AUGCGCUGCCGCCUUGACCUGAUCGCCGCUGCCGGCCUAUUCGCCGCGCACGCCGCACAAGCCGGCCCGGCCGUUGAACCCCAGUCCCAUGCCAGACGGCACGUCGACGACAUGGUUGUGGCUGCGCCCUGCGCGACGGACCGCACGCGCGACGCGCACACCGCCGUGCUCUACGUCGCCACCGUCACCGUGGACGUGACCGUGUGCGUGGCGCCGGAGCCGGCCGCGACGGUGCCGUGUCCCGAGUACAAGGCCGAUUUUGUCGAGACGGCGGUGUCCAGUCCUGGGCCCUGCGGCUGCGACGACGACGAUGACGGUGAUGAUGGAGAGACGCGCGGGAAACAGGUUGACGCGGCCACACCCAGCCGGGUCUUCCUGUCUGAGAGUACCGCCACGACAGUCACGGCAGUCAUCCCGGAGGAGACGGAGCAUAUCCCGCCGUGCGACGAGGGCUCGGAAUUUUAG